GUCCGCAGCACGCUUCUGUUCACGUGUCCUCUAUUGAGCUCUCGAUUAGAUCCGAAUGUAAUUUUCCUACACUGCGAGGAUCAUGCAGCCACAUGACCGUGGUUGUUUGCUCGCUGUCUACCUUGGAUUUUUCUGUGCCUUUGUGAGUUACUCAAAUACUGAACAGGCGACUCCGGUUCUUCGUUUUGUCGUAAAUGAGGAGUCUGCUUUGCGUACCACAAUCGGCAAUAUAUCAGCUUAUCUCCUUCCUCAUCCAACAAUUACCACAGAUUCCAAAUUUUUCGACGUCACAACCACGGGCCUGGUCCAGCUAGCACGCCGUUUGGAUUUAGAAUCCUUGUGUACAGAAAACUUCCUCUGCUGCAAGUUGGAGCAACCAUGUGAAUUAAGCUUUAGCGUUGUGAUUGAAAGUGGUACGAGUAGAGAAAUGCAACCGUUGGAAAUUCGUGUUAGAAUUUUAGAUAUCAAUGACAACGUUCCUUCAUUCGGGCCCAAUUCAGAGAAUGGCCAAGUGCUGGAAGUCUCUGAGAUGGCCAAGGUCGGAUCGCUCUUUAGUCUUACUCCUGCGGUAGAUCGAGAUGUUUCAAAAGAAAACCAAGUUCAACGAUACACUCUGCAUGGUGUUGAACUACUUCGGAUGUUCGAGCUGGACGAUUCUGAGCCACCGAAUGUUCGUCUGCGGCUGGUACGGUCUUUGGAUUAUGAAAAGACAACCAGCUAUACUGGUAGUCUCGAGGCAUGCGAUCCACGCAGUUGUAUGCGACAAAAUCUUACUAUCCGCAUCACUGAUGCGAAUGACAACCCUCCUCGUUUUGUCAAGAACACUUAUAGCGUGAACGUCCCUGAGAACUUUACAGUCGGCCAGGUGGUCCUUCAACUGGAGGCAGAAGAUAUAGAUUCUCCACCAUACGCUCAAAUGGAUUUUCGUUUUCACGGCACAGCUGAUCAAGAUUUAUACAACACUUUUCGCCUAGAACGGAAUACGGGUCGCGUGGUACUGCGGACCCGUCUAGCAGCACAUAGACGCUCAGAAUACAAAUUCGAUGUCUCGGUUGUCGAGGGCAGCUCAACCGCCAUCAUGGACCACGGCAGUUCCACGUCCGUCAGUAAUCCAAUCUUAGGAUCAAGUAAUCUAGCACAUGUGACAAUUACGGUUGAAGACUUGAACGAUUUCAGCCCUAACAUCAAAAUGUUUUCUCCAUCUGAAGGGCAGCAGUUAUCCGUUCCCGAGAAUUCCCCACCUACAAGAGUUUGUGUUGUACAGGUGACGGAUAGCGAUUCCGGUGACAAUGGACGCGUAGCCUGUCGUUUGGUUCGGUCAGCAGCAUCUGCCUCGGAGACCACUCUGGACUCAUUUGUGUUAUCCAAUGCGGGGAAGCUCUACACACUUUCAACCACGCGAUCAUUCGAUGCUGAGCGGGAACCUCAAGUUGCGGUUACAAUUGUUUGCACGGACUUUGGCAGCCCACAGCGGUCUUCUGGUAGGGACUUAGUGAUUAAAAUAGAGGAUAUAAACGAAUUUCCACCAGAGCUGGAUAAAACCACCUAUCAUGCUGCGGUGUAUGAAAAUGCUGAAGCUGGGGUAGAAGUGGUCAGGAUCAGUGCAAGAGACCCAGACCACAGCGCAAAACUUCACUACGAACUGAGUGCCCAGGGAAAGCAAUACUUCCACGUAGACCCGUUGACUGGGUCGAUUCUGACCAUCGGCGAUACUGGAACCGACUUCGACUCGGCUGGCUUACUUUCAAGCACGUUGGAUCGGGAAAAGACUGAACGGGUAACGUUCACUGUUUGUGUCAGCGACGGUCCACCGACUUCAGUGUGUGGUGGAGACGAUAGCAACUCGAAACCCUCGAUGCGAGCGAUGAAACAGGGCAGCAACACGGAAUCCGCGCGUACUCACACGGUGUCCGCUACGGUUUUCGUAACCGUUCUUGAUCAAAAUGAUAACCGCCCACACUUUAUUGAGAAAGGUCCGUUUUCAGUAGCAGAGAACCAGCCCAGAUUCACACAAGUGAGCGGACGGCUCGUGGCCAUAGACCAGGAUGACGGUGAAAAUGGACGGGUACGAUACAGCUUACGUCACUCUUGGAAAAGUGCCAAUGGUGUUCCGGCGCCCGAUUUGUUUCAAGUCGAUGCCGAUGGUCGAAUACAGACAAUGGAGGUCCUAGACCGAGAAACGACCAAUGCUUACACACUCGAACUGAUGGCUUGUGAUUCUGCACCACAAACCCCGUUGUGCACAAGUCUGAACGCGACCGUGACUGUGCUAGAUGAGAAUGACAAUAAACCCAUAUGGCGCUACCCUCAUGAUCAAGACAAGGAGGUGAACAUCACUGCAGACCUUCCUCCUGGACAUGUGAUCGCUCGCGUGCAUGCCACCGAUCAAGACGCUGCUGAAAACGGUCGUGUGGUCUAUUCGUUGAUUGAUCCACACAGACGAACAGUGUUUCAAGUUGAUAACAAAACUGGAGAUAUUGCCGUCGCUCAAUCUAAUCCAGCUGCGCCGAGUGAAACAAAUUUUCAGUCAAAUGCAAAUAAACCGAGUCCACUUCUGCCAGGAAUCUAUCGACUGCGUCUGCGAGCUUCCGACCAAGGUCAUCCACAACAAGUGGCAGAAACAUGGCUACAGGUUAACGUGUUCAGCACUGACACGGUCGUCAGUGCAGGAUUGAACUUUAUGAUCAUCGUUGUGAUGGUUGGUGUAACAGGCUUGAUCUCCAUCUGCCUGGUUAUUGCAAUCAUCUGCGUCCGAAGGCGUUCGUUCUCACUUCGAGCUUCUCACGGUUCCCAUGAUCGUACCCGACCAAACGGCUUCCGACCAGGACGAGAUUCCGGCGACGGUGCUGAGGGGGUACACUUUCCAUUGAAGCACGACUACGGAUACCCAGUCGAUAGCACAGGAUAUAUGAUGGGUGUGAGCCCUACGCCGUCCGAUCUGGAUGUGUUGAAGCUGAACUACCAAACCAACGCUCCCGGGUCAUAUUUUGGAGCAGCAAACGGUGGGACAGAAUCAGCACAACUGAUCGGUUGGGCUCCGUCCCCAGCCAUGUGUUAUCCAGCUGGUCAGCCACUAACUUUCUAUCCAGAUCAAACCCUGGCUUCGUCGCCAAGUGAUCCACUUACAUCCAACCCGACGGCUACGCUCCGGUUGCCUGUUUAUGUACCAUAUAGUCGCCUCACCCCAACGUCGGACCAAGAUUUGGCCACACUGAGAUUGGUCGAACAGCCAAACGCACAUCUCGGGUCUUCACACCAUGGUGGAGCCUCUUCGACCUGUCUCAGUUUUACCUCUCCAUCACCCAACGCGGACCAACUGGUCCCCUCUGCUGCUAUGCAAAAUUUCAACGAUUCUUUCAGCGAACAUCGUAUGAUGGAUGCUAAUCGUGAGCUGGAUACAAAAAGCUCAGGGACAAACCAUUCACAUUCAGGUCAUCAUUCUUUGCGUGCGGCAUGCAACCCCUAUGAAAUCACCUUGUCAACUUCGCGACAUGUUUGCACGCCUCUCGUUUCAAUUGCUACUUCGAACGCUGGAAACUAUGGCCAGAAUCCAGCACGCCGCGUUGCUACCUGCGGCCUCUCGCAUUGUGAAUUGGACGUAGAAUCGGCCGAUUCCGGACGCGGACCAAGCGAAGAUGACCCUAGUCAACAUCUCGGCGGACCAAAUGCUCCACCACUGUUUCAUUUUUAUCCCGCGUUUCACCUUACUUCCCACCCACGUCAAGUUAACGUCAAUGGUUAUGGAAAGCUCGAUGGGACUCCCGGUUCCUCCGCCCACACAGCAAUGGUAGAUGGCACAGUUUCCGGACCGAUUCAUUUAAAUUUGAAGAACGAUGCGUCCUCCGUAGGUGGGGCUGAACCACCAGACGAAUGGGGGUCAUCUGAAAGGCGCCGACUGAAAUGUUAGCCCUCCGUAACGCUCAUAUAUUUGUUCGUGCUGGCGUACCUUUUAUCUGUACAUUGUACCUAAACUGCCCUUAUUGAUUUCAAC